CCCCAGACGAGAUGGCCGGGCAGUAGUUGAGAAUUUCAUAGGUGAUCAAAUUGAUGGACCUCUUUCAGAAUGGCAGCCAUCUCUUAGUAAAUGGACAUUUGAGCUCAGGCAAUCUGCCAGGAACAACCAGGAGCACAGGAUGAGCAUGAACAUAACAGAAGCAACCCCUGACGACGGUGUGGCGGUGACAAGUUCUGUACAGGAGGACAACAGGGCAUUAACCAAUAGAUUGGCAGGCUUGCGUAUGAAUCAACCACAGCUUGCUCAGCACUAGCAACCAAUGCAGCAUCUCUCGGGUGGACUGAGGCAAUCCGCUAAUUACGUCCCUCAGCUGACCAGGCAAAAUCACUUACUCGGAAUUUCUCUUUUGAAAGCUGUACUGCGGAGAGCUCAAGGAAUGCUGCAUAGUAUUCUUUCUCUACUCAACACGUUUGAGGCUCCAUGCUCCCAUCGAUACUGCCGGAGGUGCACAACAAACCAAUCGAAGCUUCCCUUAUUGAAGGCCCGAUUUCCCCUCCUUGCUGCUGCCGCAUGUCGGAUCCUUUGGUUUUGCUAUUUGGAUUUCAAGAGAGAUAGCUGGCGAUAAAUGGAGGGGAAAAGAAUGGAGCGGCAAGGUGUUACUGGGCGUUUUGCUUAGGCACAGCGUGUAAUAGGACCUUGCUUUGCAAGGAUACAUCAGGAAGUACAAGAUAUACCCUUAGCAAAGAUGCGCCCCCCCAAAGCUGUCUUGUGUGUUGCUGAAGAGUAUAGCGCGUUGGUCGGGAUUGAAGAGUUGCCAGCCACCUUGAUACAUCCCGACACAUCUCUGUUACGCAUUAAAGAUAGAAGUAAAGUGAGG